ACUUCAUCAUUCUCAACGCAAAAACUUUACAAGAAUUUACAGUUGCUAGUUUUCUUUCUCUCUUACUUAAAAAAUACUCGCAAAUGGACCGUGGAAACAACAACGGACGUGGUGGAGACCGUAAACGUGGUCGUAAUUCUGAUCGUGUUCCUGGUCACAAUGAACAGAGACAAGGCCCUGCUCGUGGUUACUACGACCCGAGCCAAUACCGUGCUCGUGCUUACUACGAAGAGGAACAAGGCCGUGCUCGUGGUCAGCACGAAGAGGAACAAGGCCGUGCUCGUGUUCAGCACGAACAGGAACAAGGCCGUGGACGUGGUCGUGGUGGAAGGGAUGCGUUUCAGAUGGGUUCAUCUUCAUCUAACCAGCCCAGGCCAUCGGAUCAGCAUCAGUUUACUGAGACUGUGGCUCCGGAAAAUCAGCUGGUUAGUCAGACUCCGGUAGCUACUGGUAUGAAUUGGCUCAAUGCUGCCAGAAAAGGUGCUGGUACUGCUUCACCACCGCCACAACAACAACAAAAGGAUGCUCCAGUUCUUCUGGGGAAAAUAACUCUGAAGGAUUCAAAAAAACGUGAACCUAUGGGACGACCUGAUGGUGGAAACACUUCUGACGAGUCUGUUAGCCUGCAUGCUAAUCACUUUCCUGUUGAUUUUAAUGACGGAACUAUCAUUUUGCAUUAUGAUGUGGAUGUACAAAAGGUUGAUGGGGAUCAGCCUGGGAAGUCAGUAACAGACAGGUUUGAUCUCCGUAAGAUAAGAGAAAAGUGGUUGAUGGAUAAGCCUGCUGAAUUUCCUUGUGAUAAAACUGCAUAUGACGGUAUUAGAAACAUUUACAGUGCUGUUGAUCUUCCUGCUAAGCCUUUAACUGUGAACUGCUCUGUUGAGGAUGAUGCUAAGGAAUACAAGUACAUACUUACCUUCAAGCUUGUUGCUCAAUUACAACUUGACAACGUGACUGAAUAUUUGAGACGAAGCCUCCAGAAUAUUAUUCCUCGUGAUGUACUGCAAGGAAUGGAUUUGGUUAUGAAAGAAAAUCCUAGGAGGUGCAGGAUUUCUGUAGGUCGUUGUUUCUACUCUAACAGUGCUCGCACAUCUUUUAAUGGCGGGGUUGCUGCACGUAAAGGUUUUCAGCAGAGCCUAAAGCUAACAUCUGAAGGUCUUGCGUUGUGCUUAGAUUACUCAGAACUCUUGGUAAUCCCGGAACAAAUUCCAGUGAUAGAAUUUCUUGAGAAUUAUUAUGGGAAAAAUAUAGACGACAUUUUCAAGUAUACAAGAGCAGGUGCAAGUGAUUUAUUGGUUGGUCUGAAAGUCAAAGUAACUCAUCGUCCUAACAAGCAGAAGUUUGUCAUCAAGGAGCUACUUCCAGGAGAAACUCGUACUGUUAAAUUUAAACUUCAAGAUACGGGAGAGGAGGUUUUGCUUGUUGACUACUUCGAUAAAAAUUAUACCCCUAAAAUUAAGAACAGGCAUUUACCUUCACUAAAUAUUGGAAAAGGUGAUAAGGACAACUAUGUCCCGAUGGAAUUCUGUGACUUGGUUGAGGGACAACGAUUUCCUAAGGAUCUUUUGAAAACAACCUCCCUUGAACCCAAAACGAGAAGGGAUUUAAUACGUGAGACGGUACUGGCUAAAGAUGGGCCGCGCAUGACUAUUCCCGAUAAUUUUAAGAUUCGUGUUGAUGACAACAUGACCCAAAUUUCGGGUCGUAUUCUUCCUGUCCCUGUUUUGAAGCUAGGCGGUCAAAAUCCACCACCUAAUUUGAAUUAUAAGACAUGCCAGUGGAAUCUUGUUGGGAAAUCUGUGGUGGAAGGCAAGGCACUUCAACGAUGGGCUUUGAUAGAUUUUAGCUCUAAGGGAUGCAGGGAUUCCUUGAAGCUACAAGUUGAUGAAUUUGUCGUGAAAUUGAAAGAUCGGUGCACGCAAUUGAGUAUUAAUAUGGACAUCCCUGCUGUAGUACAUUUAACUGACAUGAAUGAGCUCUCUACUGUUGGCAAGGUUGAAAAUCUCCUCAAAGUUGUGACUGAUGCAGCUGAAAAAAAAUUACAGGGUAAACUUCAAAUGAUACUUUGUGUUAUGACAUCAAAGCAUAAUGGGUACAAGUAUCUUAAGUGGGUAUCUGAGACAAAAAUUGGCAUUGUAACCCAAUGUUGCUUGUCUUCUAAUGCCAACAAGGGACAUAAUCAAUAUAUUGUCAACCUCUGUAUGAAGAUUAAUGCAAAACUUGGGGGCAGCAAUAUGGAACUUAUGGAAAGACUCCCAAAUUUCAGAAGUGAUGACAAUGUCAUGUUCAUUGGAGCUGAUGUUAAUCAUCCUGCUGGCAAGGAUGCUGACAAAUAUCCAUCCAUAGCAGCUGUUGUUGCCACCAUCAACUGGCCGGCUGCUAAUAAAUAUGCCGCUAGAGUUUCUCCACAGAAAUCCAGGACUGAAAAGAUUAUAGAGUUUGGGAAAAUGUGUAAAGACCUAGUUCUUACUUAUGAGAAACGCAACUCUGUUAAACCAAACAAAAUUGUUGUUUUCCGUGAUGGUGUGAGUGACAGUCAGUUUGAUAUGGUACUCAACGAAGAGUUGACUGAUCUGGCUAACGCUAUAUACGAAAGUAAUAAGUAUCAACCAGCAAUCACUCUUGUUGUGGCUCAGAAGAGACACCAUACACGACUAUUUCCUAAGGAGGGAAAUGUGUCUCCGGGUACUGUUGUGGAUACACAAAUUGUUCAUCCAUCUGGUUUUGACUUCUAUCUUUGCAGCCACUAUGGACAGUUGGGUACUAGCAAGGCAACUCACUAUCAUGUUCUAUAUGAUGAUAAUGGCUUCAUAUCUGUCGAUUUACAACGUCUUAUAUACAACAUGUGCUUCACUUUUGCACGGUGCACUAAACCUGUUUCACUUGUUCCACCAGUUUACUAUGCAGACCUUGUUGCUUACAGGGGACGGAUGUUCCAAGAGGUGCUUAUGGAGAUGAAAUCUCCUAGGUCUACGACUUCAUCCUCUGAAGCUUCAUCGUCAUCAUCUUCACCAAUUGACUCAUUUGCACAAGAAUUUUAUGAUUUGCACCAUGAUUUGAAGGACAUAAUGUUUUUCGUUUGAUGACAGUCCGGUUCGCUCUUUGAUCUCUUUCACCAUUCCCACACUGGGGAGGAGAUGGUUGUCUACAUUUUGGAGAUGCCCUUUUCAUCGGAGUUUCUAAUGGGAUUUCAUGCUUCUUUUAUUUCCUGUGUCAUAAUGGUUUUAUUUACUUUGAGGGUGUCUGGAGCUGGAGGCCACUGCCCAGUAUGUCUACUUAAAUUGUGUGAUGCUUUCUAAUAUGUAUCGUGAGAGAAAAAGUUGAAUUUCGUUUAAUGUACUUGUUUUUGAGCUA